GUGGUAGUAUGUUUCUUGUCAAAAGGAAUUUUUGUAAAGUAGUCCCGGGAUUUAGGGUUUUGAGCAGCGGCAGGGUUCGGCUAAGCAUGGAGGACGGCGCGCCAGAAGAUCUGGAGCGCAAGAAGAAGAAGGAAGAGAAGGCUAGGGAGAAGGAGCUCAAGAAGCUAAAAGCCGCGCAGAAGGCCGAGGCCAAGAAACUCGAAGCAAAUGCCGCCAAGCAGGUGGAAUCUAAGAAGGAGAAGAAAGGCAAGGAGUCUAACGACGAUUUGCCCGAUUCCAAAAAUCCUUACACUUCUUCCGGCGAGAAGAAACGCCUGGCGCCUGUGAUGGCGCAGGGUUAUAAUCCGGCACUCGUGGAGGCAUCGUGGUAUGAGUACUGGGAGAAGCAAGGUUUCUUUGUUGCCGAUGCCAGCAGUCAAAAGCCCAAGUUUGUAAUGGUAAUACCACCACCAAACGUCACGGGUGUUUUGCAUAUUGGACACGCUCUGAUGUGCGCUGUGGAGGACACUCUCACGCGAUGGCGAAGAAUGAAAGGAUAUGAGACUCUUUGGGUACCAGGAGUAGACCAUGCUGGGAUAUCCACACAGGUGGUUGUAGAGAAGAAAAUCAUGCGGGAAAAGGGUUUGACGAGGCAUGACGUAGGCAGGGAGGAUUUUGUGAAAGAGGUGUGGUCGUGGAAAGAACAACAUGGAACUAGCAUUUUCUCCCAGUUGCGAAAAAUGGGAGCUUCUGUCGAUUGGUCCCGAGAGUGCUUUACAAUGGAUGAGCCAAGAUGCAAAGCUGUCGUAGAAGCAUUCGUGCGGUUUCACAAGGAUGGGCUUCUAUACAGAGAUAAUCGUCUCGUGAAUUGGGAUUGCGUUUUGAGAACAGCAAUUUCAGACAUAGAGGUGGAUUAUAUUGAUGUCGAAAAACGCACUCUCCGCAAAGUACCAGGAUACAAGUCUACUGUCGAGUUUGGGGCCUUAACAUCGUUCGCGUAUCCUUUGGAAGACGGCAAAGGGGAGAUCGUUGUGGCAACGACAAGACCAGAGACUAUGCUGGGUGAUUCGGCAGUGGCUGUCCAUCCAGAGGAUCCCAGAUACUCGCAUUUACACGGCAAGUUUGUUGUUCAUCCUUUCAACGGGAGAAAGCUUCCAAUCAUUUGUGAUGCGGUGCUGGUGGAUAUGAACUUUGGAACUGGAGCUGUGAAGAUCACCCCUGCACACGAUCCGAAUGACUUUCUUGUUGGAAAGAGGCACAACCUUCAGUUUAUCAAUAUUCUCACUGACGAUGGAAAGAUUAACGGCAACGGAGGUCCAGAUUUUCAGGGGAUGAUGCGUUUUGACGCUCGUGCUGCUGUGUUGAAGGCCUUGGAGGACAAAGGUCUGUACAGGGGCGUGGCUGAUAAUUCCAUGAGGCUUGGUGUUUGCUCCAGGACCGGCGAUGUCGUGGAGCCGAUGAUCAAGCCUCAAUGGUAUGUUAGUUGCAAGGAGAUAGCUGCAAAAGCCUGCAACGCGGUGCGAACGAAAGAGCUUGAGAUUAUCCCGAGUCAAUUUGAAGACACCUGGUUUCGGUGGCUCGAAAACAUUCGAGACUGGUGUGUUUCGCGACAGCUUUGGUGGGGGCAUCAGAUCCCAGCCUGGUAUUGUACGUUUGAAGGUGACGAGCUAAAAGAAAUGGGGGCAUACAAUGAUCACUGGAUUGUGGCUAGAAGCGAGACCGAGGCCAGAGUAGCAGCCGAGGAGAAAUUUUCAGGAAAGAAAAUAAUCUCUUUCGAGCAGGACCCGGACGUGCUCGACACGUGGUUCUCGUCCGGACUGUUUCCUUUCUCUGUGUUGGGAUGGCCAGAAGCUACGAAAGAUCUCCAAGCAUUCUAUCCGACGACAUUGCUCGAAACGGGCCAUGAUAUUCUCUUCUUCUGGGUUGCUCGCAUGGUGAUGAUGGGAAUUCAGCUCACGGGAGAAGUACCUUUCAAACAGAUUUUCUUGCAUGCAAUGGUCCGAGAUGCUCAUGGCCGUAAGAUGUCCAAGUCCCUUGGCAACGUGAUAGAUCCACUGGAUGUGAUUCACGGUAUAACAUUGGACGGUCUCAAGGCAAAGUUGUCGCAAGGAAACCUGGAUCCAGCCGAAUACAAGACGGCUUUAGCCGGUUUGCAAAGCGACUUUCCUGAGGGAAUUCCCGUUUGCGGAGCUGAUGCUCUUCGUUUUGCUCUUGUGAACUACACUGCUCAGUCCGAGAACAUCAAUUUGGAUGUCCAGCGUGUGGCUGGCUACAGAUACUGGUGCAACAAACUCUGGAAUGCAAUCCGAUUUGCGAUGCUGAACCUGGGUGACAACUUCAUUCCCUCUGAAGAACUGAAUAUUUCCGAGCUGCCGUGGAGCUGCAAGUGGAUUCUUUCUGCUUUGAACGGAACCGUAGCUGCCGUGGAUGGACAUAUGGAGAAAUACGACUUGUCCGCAGCGUCAUCGGCAAUUUACUCUUGGUGGCAGUACGACCUUUGCGACGUGUUUAUCGAGCUAACGAAGCCAACACUAUCGAAAGGAGACUCAGAGGAUGCCAAGAAGCUGACAAGAGAUACUCUGUGGGUAUGCCUGGAGAAUGGACUACGGCUAUUACAUCCCUUCAUGCCGUUCGUCACUGAAGAGCUGUGGCAGAGACUGCCAAGAGCCCAGGAGGAGAACUCGUCGAUCAUGCUGGCUAGCUAUCCAACGAGGAGGAAGGACUUGGAUAACGAAGCUGUCGACGCCGAAAUGACUUUGAUACUAUCGACUGUGAAGGCUGUCCGAGCUCUUUGUGCGGCAUGUCGCGUGCAACCAAAGCAAAAGCCGGGAGGUUUCAUUGUCACAGGAGACGCAGAACUCUUCACAAUGUUCACAGAUCACUCGUCGGAGUUAGCAACACUGGCAAACCUUUCCAGCGUGAAUAUAUGCAACGAUGUUGCGGAGCUACCAGCGGGCUGUGCGGUCACCAUUGUGAACGACAAGGUAUCGGCCUAUGUCAUGCUCCAAGGCAUCGUGGAUCUCAGCUCGGAGCUCAGCAAGCUUCUCAAGCAGAAAGACGAAGAGUCGAAGAAGAUCGAAGUUUUCCAGAAGAAGAUCUCGUCCCAGGUCUACAAGGAUAAAGCCUCGGAGGAAGUCCAAGAGGCCGAUCGUGCGAGACUCGCGAAGAUGGUCGGAGAACUGGAGCUGAGAGUGGAGAGCAUCCAGUUGCUACAAAAGCUGGUUUGAUCGGGAAAACAAUCGCUCCAAGUUUUGGAAGUUGGAUCCAAAAGUUUUGAGAAAAAAAAAAAAGCGUUGCUUUCAUGCGCUGGUCCUCCGCAAGAGCGUUCAUGUUUCAAGCAGGAAAGCUAGUUUGAUUGGAA